UUUCAUUCCUGCGGACUUGACACCGUUUGGGUUUAUCGAGUGAAAAGUGUUGCCUUGCAAAAUCUAGCUACACGCUAGAUCUGUCAAAUAACAAAUCAGUGUCUCGGAGACACAGGACCUUCGCCGUAGUCGUUAGGCUACGAUCUGCUAAGAUGACAGAGCUAAGGCACCGUGGAGCCAAAGACACCGACCCAACGUUACAGCAGCAGCCGUCAGAGGACAAGGGUUCAGACAGUGAGCUGAAGGUGGAAAAGGAUGGGGCGUCAGAUGGCGAGUCCAAGGUGGACUCAGGCGUCCCAGAGGUGCCGGUCCCGGCUGAUGACACCCCCGAGGUUCUAAACAAGGCUCUGUCUGGACUCUCUUCAAGAUGGAAGAACUGGUGGGUCCGAGGCAUCCUCACACUAGCCAUGAUCUCCUUCUUCUUCCUCAUCAUCUACCUGGGCCCCAUGGUGCUUAUGAUGAUUGUCCUCUGUGUUCAGAUCAAGUGCUUCCAGGAAAUCAUCACCAUUGGCUACAGUGUGUACCACUCCUACCACCUGCCCUGGUUCAGGACGUUGAGCUGGUACUUCCUGCUGUGUGUGAACUACUUCUUCUAUGGUGAGACUGUGACAGAUUCCUUCUUCGCACUGGUGCAAAGGGAGGAGCCGCUCCGCAUCCUCAGCAAAUACCACCGAAUUAUCUCCUUCGCCCUCUAUCUCACAGGUUUCUGCAUGUUUGUGCUGAGUUUGGUGAAGAAGCACUACCGUCUUCAGUUCUACAUGUUUGGUUGGACCCAUGUCACUCUGCUGAUUGUGGUCACUCAGUCUCACCUUAUUAUUCACAACCUGUUUGAGGGGAUGAUCUGGUUCAUUGUGCCAAUUUCCUGCGUGAUCUGUAACGACAUUAUGGCCUACAUGUUUGGUUUCUUCUUCGGCCGCACCCCUCUCAUCAAGCUGUCACCUAAGAAGACAUGGGAGGGAUUCAUCGGUGGACUCUUCUCCACCAUUGUGUUUGGCAUCAUGCUCUCCUACGUGAUGGCCGGCUGCCCCUACUUUGUGUGCCCGGUGGAAUUCAACACCAACUCCAAUAGUUUCCAGGUGGAAUGUGAGCCGUCGGAGCUUUUCCAGCUCCAGGACUACGCGCUGCCCAGCGUCCUGGAGUCUGUCACUGGAUGGACCACAGUGCGUCUCUAUCCGUUCCAGAUCCACAGCAUCGCUCUCUCCUCCUUCGCCUCCAUCAUGGGACCUUUUGGCGGCUUCUUUGCCAGCGGCUUCAAAAGAGCCUUUAAGAUCAAGGAUUUUGCCAACACCAUCCCGGGCCAUGGUGGCAUCAUGGACCGAUUCGACUGCCAGUACCUCAUGGCCACAUUUGUUAACGUCUACAUUGCUAGCUUCAUCAGGGGCCCCAACCCCGGCAAGGUGAUCCAGCAGCUCCUGGCCCUCCGCGUCGAUCAGCAGCUCCACAUCUUCAACUCGCUGAAGGCUCACCUGACAGAGAAGGGCCUGCUGCCGGCGCUCCAGGAGGCCGCCGCCUAGAGCCCC